AAAGCUAUGACUCCAUGUCUGUGUAUGAGGGAGGAUGCUCAGAGCGAACCCAUCCUUCCCAGACGCCAGUGCGAAGAAACAGUCUGCGCGUUGUUCUCCGCUCUGGAUGGUACUGGGAUGCAUUUUGGAAGAGGGGUCGGGCAGCAGCGACCCACCAGCAUCCGAGCCUGACAUGAAUCACAAGUAAAAGAGCUCUUUCAAGCAAGUGAAGAGCACAUGAAUGUGCACAAGUCCGCCGAGCUGCACUCGGGCUUCUCACAGCGACAUUUUGGACCUUUUGGACCUACCUCGAUUUGUUUGUAAAUACUCAAACCAAUCACAGAAGACUUUAGAUGGUCACUGAAUCAAGCCUAUUUUAAUAUCUUUUCUAAUUUUCUUUCUAUUUGUUUUUUUUUUUUUAACGUUUUGGGUGGGGAGUUUGGUUUGUGGGGAGUGUGUGCGUGGGAUUUUUUUUUUCUUUUGUCAAGCGCGAAGACAAACUUCUACCAUGGCACUGGUUAUGGAGCCCGUGAGCAAGUGGAGCUCUAGUCAGGUGGUUGACUGGAUGAAAGGGCUGGACGACUGCCUGCAGCAGUACAUCAAGACCUUUGAGAAGGAGAAAGUAGGGGGGGAGCAGCUGCUGCGUAUCACCCACCAGGAGCUGGAAGAUUUGGGAGUAUCCAGAAUUGGCCACCAGGAGCUGAUACUGGAGGCUGUGGACUUACUCUGUGCUCUGAAUUAUGGGCUGGAGACUGAGAAUCUCAAAACGCUUUCUCAUAAGCUUAACGCAUCUGCCAAGAACCUGCAGAAUUUCAUCACAGGCAGGCGGCGCAGUGGCCAUUAUGACGGCCGAGCCACCCGCAAGCUGCCCAACGACUUUCUAACUUCAGUGGUGGACCUCAUUGCUGCUGCCAAAAGCCUUUUGGCAUGGCUUGACAGAUCUCCAUUUGCAGCAGUGGCAGAUUACUCUGUGACCAGAAACAAUGUUAUCCAGCUAUGUCUUGAGCUCACUACAAUUGUACAACAGGACUGCUCUGUGUAUGAAACAGAAAACAAGAUCCUGAAUGUGUGUAAAACACUGUCUGAAGUGUGCGACCAAAUUAUCUCGCUCUCCUCGGAUCCCAUGGUGUCCCAGUCUGCACAUUUGGAGGUUGUGCAGCUCGCCAACAUAAAAUCCACUGAAGGCUUGGGCAUGUAUAUCAAAUCAACAUAUGAUGGUUUGCAUGUGAUCACCGGCACCACAGAGGGAUCACUGGCAGACCGCUGCAAGAAAAUCCAUGCUGGAGAUGAAGUCAUCCAGGUCAAUCAUCAGACAGUGGUGGGCUGGCAGCUGAAAAAUCUGGUGAACUUGUUGCGUGGAGAUCCUGCAGGUGUCACCCUGACGCUGAAGAAACGCCCCCAGAGCACGCUCACGUCAACCCCUGCUCUGCUGAAAAACAUGAGAUGGAAACCAUUAGCUCUGCAGCCAAUCUUCCCUCAGAGCCCCAGCAGCAGUGUCGCUACGCCGACCAGCACUUUAAGCACUCCGUCCAGGAGGAGUAGCUGCGCCCUGCAGGACCUCUACAUUCCCCCUCCUCCAGCAGAGCCCUACACCCCCAGAGAUGACAAGGGAAGUCUGCCGGAUGAUGAUCCUCAAUCAGAUGUCCAUGUCGCAGAGGGAUCUGAGUCACCAAACUCCUACUUGGAUCAGGAGUGUCGAAGGCGAUUUCCUCUGGUGGAGGAGGAUACUAUACUGUACUGUUACGAGUACGACCAGAACCAAGAGGGUGCAUCAGUCCGCAGGGGGAGCACGCCCACCUACGGGAGGCUAAGGCCCAUAUCAAUGCCAGUGGAAUACAACUGGGUGGGAGACAACGAAGACCUGGCCAAGCUGAAGAGAGAGAGCAGGAGAGAGAAUUCUCUGAUGCAUUUUGAGAGUGAAGACAAGACCUCACACGAAGACUUCCUCCUGGGUCGCAGCCUGAGUCAGAACAGGAGGAAGACCGAGCGAGGAGCCAGCCCGACCCAUUACACACUCGUCCCUGCCCUCCAGAUGGAAGUCUCCCGGUCCACGUCUAGCUCUGACUCUGCAUCCUUGUAUCACGUUUUUGAACGAUCCUCAUUGCUUUCAAGAUCAAAGAAAAAGGGUAAAGCUGGAAGUCCUCUCACUUCAAUCAGCAAACGGCGGAUUUCCUGCAGGGACUUGGGUCAGGGCGACUGUCAGGGCUGGCUGUGGAAAAAGAAAGACGCUAAAACCUAUUUUUCGCAGAAGUGGAAGAAGUACUGGUUCAUCCUGAAAGACACGUGUCUGUACUGGUACAUGAAUGAGGAGGAUGAGAAGGCGGAGGGCUUCGUCAGCCUACCAGAGUUUAAGAUAGAUCGUGCCACUGAAUGCAGAAGGAAGUUUGCUGUUGUUCUCCCCCACAGGUGGCUUAGUCGUCUCAGUAUGGCAGUGGCAGGCUACUCUGAGCAGCAGGAGAAAAUGCGCCAAGACCAAGAUUACUGGAGUGAGAGUGAUCAUGAGGACAUGGAAAUGCCCUCAAUGUCCAAACAGGACAGUCCACCACCACCUUAUGACACCUAUCCCAGAGCAUCCUCAGUGAGUCCUUACCUUGAACCGAAACGCGGGCAUCUCUCCUCCUCCGACACCUUUCAGUCUCGUUCUUCUCACGAGGAGUUCCGCUCGGAGCCUCAGGAAGGCAGCAGCAACAAUGGCAUCUCCCCCGGGCCAAAGACGAGCAGCCAUCGAAACUCGUGGCACGACCAGAUGGAAAGCAACACACGGAUGCACUACCUCCAGACGUUUCCCAUGGAGGAAUCCUUGUUAUCCCAGGACAGGGACCAGUUGGCGAUGGAGUACCGCAGGCAGGCCACUCUGCCUGCACAGCGCAGUCUGCUGCAGGAACAGUACAGAGCCCUGCCCUUGCCCCUCAGGGCCAGUAUUGAUUCAGAGGCAGGAGGGAAACCUCGCAGCUUCACACUUCCCAGGGACAGCGGCCUCCAUGCUAUCCUGGCUGCCACUGCUGCUUCUGAUCAGGGGGAACCGCAGCACUAUCCACUGGACCGGUCCAGGGAUGCAGGCCAUGGACGUGACUGCAGGAUGCAGACGGACUCUCUGGUGGAUUUGUACCGUGCCCUGGAGCAGACAAACCUGUCUGAUCACAGACCAGCCAACCGCCUGGAAUACAAGCGCUCGUUUGUCCGCCGAGUUAACGACCCCCUGCUGAAUGACAAACUUCACCGCUUACGAAUUCUCCACAGUUCACUCAAUAACGUCCCCCUUCAAGACACAAAUCGAUCGUUGGGUUUUUUAGGGUAGCCUGUUGAGAAUCGGUGUGGCGGUGACAACUAAGCUAUAACACCUCUGUCUGCACUUCACACUGCUGGCGUCCCAGUGACGGAAAUGAAAGGCACCAAAAACCAUUGUUUACCUUCUUGGUUCUCCAUCUCCUCUCCUUUACACCACCUUCAACUGCAGUCCACUUGCAGGAGCACAAAGACUCGCUAUCCCUAUUUGCCUCAUCGCUUUCUUUUUAGGAUGAGGGCUUUAACAAAAGGCAAAAAAAGAUGCCUGGCUUGAUGAAAUAAGUUAUAGGCUCCCAGGGUUUAUGGCAAAUAAGCACUUUGAUUCCAUGUCAGAAAUUUGUCAGAGAGGUUUUUAAAUCAUUGCUCACGUGCAUGGCCACGUCCCUUUGCUUCUGUUGAGUUGUUUGAACAUAAUGCUGGAGUUGUGUGCAGCUGCUCAUUGUGCACAACAUUUGGUUAUGCAUGUGUGUUUGAUUCAUGGGUAUGUUUGUUGUACGAGUGUACAGGAUGUUUUAUAUAUAUAUAUAUAUAUAAACACAGAUAUUAUGAUAUUACAUUACAGCAAAAGUGACUACACGGUGUUUUGGGUUACUUAUACAAAUUGUAAAUCAAGUGCUGUGCCUCAGUGAUAGUGAAUGUACAUUGUACUUUUCCAAGAGAGGUCAGAGAAGACACAGAACGCAAGCUAUCCCUCAAACCAGAGGCACAAAAAUAAAAGGCUUGGCAAUAAUGAACUCGUAUUGUAAAUUACAGAUGAACGAUCAGAAUAGUCGUCUAUUUUUGUAUGCAUGCUGUCUACCUGAUUGUUUGUAAGACAUUUUCUCCACCCCUCGGCUCACCCGCAGUCCCUUACUCACCCACACACACUCAUGCACACAAGCAGCACAGUGUAUUUUUAAUUCUUAUACAAACGGCCCCAGAAAAUUGAAUCAUUUUCUUUCUGAUUGUGCGCCGUAAAAAGCAGAAUAACCGUAUUUAUUAAGUGUUUAAUGUGCAAGCAUGCUUUGUAAGACUAAAACAUUGUACCCAGCCAUGUGACUCACAUAUCACACCUGUGCCAUAUUGUAGCUGCAUAUUUUUUUUUUUUUAAAUAAAGUACAUACAUG